UUAAUGACAGACAUGUUUUGUCUCCAAAACAUAGGUUCAUGCUUAUAUCAUCAGCUCGCUGAAGAAAGAGAUGCCGUCUGUGUUUGGGAAGGAGAACAAGAAAAAAGAACUGAUCGCAAGUCUCGGAGACAUUUACAAACAUAUAGAAAGAGAACAUCAGAUAUCACCUGGAGAUUUCCCUAAUCUGAAGAAGAUGCAGGACCAGCUCCAAGCACAGGAUCUUAACAGAUUCCAGCCUCUGAAGCCCAAACUCCUGGAGGCAGUCGAUGACAUGCUGGCCCAUGACAUUGCGAGCUUAAUGAUCCUGGUCCGACAAGAGGAAACCCAACGUCCAAACCCAGUUGUGAAAGGCGGGGCAUUCGAUGGCACUUUACACGGCCCGUUCGGCCACGGUUACGGCGAAGGAGCCGGCGAAGGCAUUGACGAAGCAGAGUGGGUCGUCGCACGUGACAAACCUGCCUACGACGAGAUUUUCUACACAUUAUCCCCAAUCAAUGGGAAAGUAACCGGAGCCAACGCCAAGAAGGAAAUGGUGAAGUCCAAAUUGCCCAACACAGUGCUUGGAAAAAUCUGGAAGUUGGCAGAUAUUGAUAAGGAUGGCAUGCUUGAUGAUGAGGAAUUUGCUUUGGCAAAUCAUUUGAUAAAAGUAAAACUGGAGGGACAUGAACUGCCAGCAGAGCUGCCGGCACACCUGGUACCUCCAACAAAGAGGAAAAUACCAGAAUAAAUAUAUCGGAACUACCCCAUCCCCAAUCUAAAAAAGGAAUCUUCCAGUAGCAUUGUAAU